AUGUCGUACGGGAAUAAGGAAAACAACGAGAUGUCGUACGGAAAUAAGGAAAACAACGGGAUGUCGUACGGGAAUAAGGAAAACAACGAGAUGUCGUGCGGGAAUAAGGAAAACAACGGAAUGUCGUACGGGAAUAAGGAAAACAACGGGAUGUCGUACGGAAAUAAGGAAAACAACGGGAUAUCGUACGGGAAUAAGGAAAACAACGGGAUGUCGUACGGAAAUAAGGAAAACAAUGGGAUAUCGUACGGGAAUAAGGAAAACAACGGGAUGUCGUACGGAAAUAAGGAAAACAAUGGGAUAUCGUACGGGAAUAAGGAAAACAACGGGAUGUCGUACGGGAAUAGGGAAAACAACCGGAUGUCGUACGGAAAUAAGAGAAACAACGGGAUGUCGUACGGGAAUAAAGAAAACAACGGGAUGUCGUACGGGAAUAAAGAAAACAACGGGAUGUCGUACGGAAAUAAGAGAAACAACGGGAUGUCGUGCGGGAAUAGGGAAAACAACCGGAUGUCGUACGGGAAUAAGGAAAACAACGGGAUGUCGUACGGGAAUAAGGAAAACAAUGGGAUGUCGUACGGAUAUACGGAAAAAAACAACGAGAUGUCGUACGGGAAUAAGGAAAUAACGAGAUGUCGUACGGAAAUAAGGAAAACAACGAGAUGUCGUACGGGAAUAAGGAAAUAA